GCCAACGCCGGCGGCCUGAGAGUGGUCAUUGCCCCGCUUGAGAGCGUCACCGCUGACGACCUGAUCGAGACGUUCCAGGUCAACGCGCUCGGGCCGCUGCUGCUGUUCCAGGCCAUCCGCCCGCUGCUGCAGAAGUCGACGGCGGCGCCCAAGUGGAUUUCCAUCUCGAGCGCUAUCGGGUCGAUCGGCUUCAUGCCCAACUACCAUUCUCACUACGCUCCGGCCUACGGCAUAUCCAAGGCCGCCCUCAACUGGAUCACUAUGGCCGCCCAUUGUGGCAAUCCGUGGCUGGUCGCCUUCUGUGUAAAUCCAGGUUUGACGCAGAGCGAGCCUGGCAAUAGGAACGCCCAAUUGCUGGGUAUGGAGAAAGCGCCCAUCACGCUGCAGCAAGCUGCAGACGCAAUCAUAAGCUUCGUGGACAAGGCCGCUCGCGAGGCCACAUCGUCCAAGUUCUUCCAGGUCGUGACAGGCCAGGAAAUCCCCUGGUAA